GUUUUUGUUUCCCUUUUUCUUGCAAUGCCAGAGAAGCGUACCAGUGACGAGCAAGAGAAAGGAUGAGGAUAACCAAAAUACCAAAUAUGCAAUUUCAAUGGAGAAUGGGCCCCCGAUGAAAAGGAUGGGCAGGGCCCCGAAAUGGGAGGAAGGCAAAACUGGUCAGUCCGGUCCUCCCCAUGUAAGGUGGCUGUCUGGGCGGUGACGCGCCCGUCAGGCCGGCCGGGAGGAGGUGCACCCGUGCCGAUAUCAACGCGUGCGGGUCAGCCUUUUGCCGUGUUUGGACUUUGACAGCUGGACCCCGAGGAAGCAGAGAGGCACGGCGGGAGAUCCGGCCCGAGUGAGCAGGACAGACCUUUUUUGCGGGAUCUCAGUCGACCCCACACGCAAUGUCUAGGAUGUUUCGGAAAAAGGAAAAUUCGGUCAAGGUCACCAGGACCCAGCCUAGCAACCUGGCCCUGCUGAUCGCCCAAAUGCAAAAGAGUGCAGACGUGGUGGAGAAAGACAUCCUCCGCUCUGAGGAACUCUUGGCUGAGGAUGCUGAAAAUGAGAAGAAAGAACUCCCUCUGAAGCACCAGAAUCAGCUGUGCGACACGCUGGGCGAAGCUGAGAGCCUGCUGGAGGACCUCUUCUUGGACGUGGACAAAGCCAAGAAGCUCAAGCACCCGCAGGCCAGAGAGAUCGAGAGCGAUGUCCUCCACCUCCACGAGCGCUGGCUGAAGGACUGCACAAUCUACCGAGACAUCUACGAGCAGAUCGACGACGUGUCACUGAUGCCCAGGAUCGACUGGGCGCCGGUUUUCAAUCAGAAGCAAAAACAAGUGAGCAGUGACCUGUACGGGCCCACCUUGGCAGAACUGGAGAAACAGAUCGCUUCUCACAGAAUCCUACACCAGGAGAUUGAGGCCUACAACCCGCAGCUGUGUGUCAGCUCCGCCGGCACCAAGGAGAACUACACAGCCCUCAAGAAACAGUACAACAAACUUCUGGAAACCUCCAAGUGGCGUGGCCACUACUUGAACAGCCUUUAUGAGUAUAUGCAGGGCUGCAACAAGGAGCUGAAUUUCCUCGGAGAGGAACAAGACAAGAUCAAGAAGCAGGACUGGAGCGAUCGAAUGGUGGAUCCUCCCGACGUCCGCAGGCAGUACGAGAACUUCAAGAACAACAGUCUGCUGUCACAUGAGAGUGAGGUGAACAAGCUCCAGGAUGAAGGUGACAGACUUAUUGAGCUUAAGCACCCUGCCAGCGCUACCAUACAGGCUCAGAGAGACGCUGUACGCAACGAAUGGCAGAAGUUCCUCCACUUGUGCAUUUGUCAGGAGACACACUUGGACAAUCUGGAGCAAUACAAAAAGUACCAACUGGACACAGAGCAACUUUCAGAGACCCUGAGCAAACUCAACAAUAACUUGGACCCCAAGACAGCCAGCAGGAAGAGCAACACAGAGAUGAUGAUGAUGCUUGAGGCGGACGAGAAAGCCGUGCAGGACAGCGAGCAGCUGCUGGCGGAUCUGAGAAGGCGCAGCACCACCAUUGCUCCACUGAAGCAGCGUCGUAUACCCCCAAACAGAUCAGUCACAUUGGAGUCCCUCUGCGACUGGGAGACUAACAGGGGCCCUCUGUCAAGAGGCGAGAAGUGCACCUUGAAAUCGAACCCCGAUAAUGAGAACUGGGAUGUUAUAACCACCAAAGGGGUCACUAACACCUUCCCAGGGGUUUGCUUUGUGAUCCCGCCACCUGAUCCAGAGGCCAUCAACAAAGUGGACCUUUUGGGUGGUGAACUGGGUGACAUUAAGAAGAGGAGAGCCGCUCUGGCAGAAUCCCUGAAGAAUCACAAGUCAGAGAUGGCCAGGUCUCUGCAAUCAGCCCCCCCGUCGACUCCUGCGGUGGAUCCCAGACUGGCAGCAUUGGGUCUCCGCUUGGACAAACUGAAUGCCGACCUGGGCAAUGCUGACAAAGACAUGCUGAGCCGUAUGCGAGCCCCACUGAGCCGCUCCAACCCCACUGCAGAUCUGGUCAACAGGCUCAAGGAACAGGAACAAGCUGGCAGGGGACUAAAAGGUUUGGGGCAGGAAAAGCUUGCAGCUCAGGCUGAGCUGCAGCCUCUAUUGUCCAAAGAUCCUAGUGGCUCCUUUGGGCUGCCGCUCAAACUGAACAAUGCUGAAAACAAGUAUGAUGGGAUCUCUGGGCUUGCUGACCUCUACAACAAGAAAGCAAAUGCAUCCCUGAACUUGGAGAAUCAGAUAAAGAAAGUGGAUGGCCUCAUCUCAGGGUGUGAGAAGAGGCUUAGUGAAGAUGGCCCAAUACUUGAUGUGCCAAACUCAAUCCAAACUGCCAGUGACAGUUUACAUCAACAGCGAAAGGCUGUGGCAUCCAUUCAGCCCGAGAUGCGGAAGCUAAGUCAGGACCUGGAGGCCACUGAGCAGCUAUGCAGUUCUCUGCAGCAGGGAUACCAGGAGUUCUGUCCAGACAUUCAACGCCAGAGAACAGAGGUCAAGCAUCUGCACAACCGUUAUGCAAACCUUGACAACCAGCUGAAGGAGAGAGAAAACAUUUUACAAGAAGCUAGUGCCAAAAACCAUGAAUUCCAAAGUUCAGCAAAAUCCCUGAAUUUCUUCCUGAACAACCUGCCAAAAAACAAGCUCAACUACAGUGAUGAUGUGUCUUCAGUCUCUGCAAUGCAGAGCUCGCAAGAGAGGGUGAUGGACGACCUGAAGCGGAAAGGCAAUGACAUGGACAGAGUGUCUGACGUGUCUCGAGACCUGCACACUCUACUUGGUGAGUAUGAUGCCAACAUCGACAAAUUUAACAGUACGCUGGAAGAUGCUGGUGCCACUGUUGUAAAGAGACCUUAUACGCUCACACUUGCUGAGGCUGUUCAGAAAGAGGAAAGGGAUCUGGUCAAUCGCUACGCUGAGGCGUUAGCUGAAAAUGGUCAACGGCAAAAGCAGAUGGGGUUGGCCCGGAAUCUCAUUUUGCAAAAUGAUGAGAAAGUUCAAAUGUUGGCACAACAUCAGGUGCAGCUGGAAAACCAACAACGGAGUGCUUUUGAGCUAAACAGUCUGUCCAGAGAGCUGGAGGAAGAGAGGGAAAGGACACUUCAUGUUGAGACUAAUCUAAAAGCAUUCCGAGAUAGGCUGAUGUCACUGAAGAAUCGCAGAGGAGUAGAACGUGUUGAGGAAAAAGAAGUGCUUCAGUACUACCGUGAUCCAAAACUGGAGGUUGACUUAACAGAGCUUCAGAAGACACUGCAUGAAGAGAUCCGGAGAAGGACCACCAUCCACAGUGAGGUUGAGAUCUAUAACAAGAAAUUUGCCCUCUUUGAGGACAACCUAAAAAAUGCAGCGCCAAAACUCUUGACGAGAGAAGUGACAGAGUUUGAGAAAGACCCUCAGCUAGACAUAGAUGCUUCUAAAAUGAGAGAUGAGAUAUCAAGAAUGAGAGAAAACAUUCGACUGAGGGACUCGGAGCACAUGCAGAUGAAGACAGAGUUUGAGAUUCUCCAACAGAAGAAACCACUCAUCAAAGAGAGGGUGGUUAAGAAGGAAGUGGUGAAAGUAGAAAAAGACCCUGAGAUGUUGAGAUCCUUGCGGAAAUUUGAGACAGACAUUUCUGAGGAGACAAGCAGAGUUAAGAUCAUAAAUGAUGAAAUAUUCCAAAUAAGAAGCCAGAUUAAUGCUCUAGAAAGACAAAUUCCAAACAUUCAGCCCAAGAUCAUCACAAAGGAAAUUAAAAAGGUUGAACAAGACCCCGAACUCAUCACAGAGUCAAAGAGGAUUCGAACAUCUGUGGAGAGUGAAAUGAUUGAAAACAACUCCUUGUCCAAAGAGCUGUUGAACCUCCAUAGUCGCUACAGGGAAGUUCAAGCUCUGAAACCCAAAGUUGAGGUGAAGGAAAUUGUUAAUGAGAUUUACCGGAUUGAUCCAAAUACAGAGGUAGAAAUUUUACGUCUCAGGAAAGAUAUACAAGAGUCCAAUAUGCAGCGCACUGUCAUAGAUAGGGAUAUCACAAGGGUAGGAUCAGAAGUGAAUUUUCUUCGAUCACAGAAGCCCAAGGUAGAAAUGAAGGAGGUCCUUCAAGAGGUGGUGAAGGAAGAAAGAAGCCCUGAAAAUGAGAGAGAGAUUCAAAGGUUAAAUGAGCAAAUUAACUUUAUACACAACAAUUACAAUUUUCUCCAAGAUCAGGUGAGGACACUCAAGAAAGAGAGAGAUGGUUGGAAGGCUGAAAAGUCCAAGGUUGAGACCAAAAUCCUCACCAGAGAUGUCAUUAAGUAUGAACCAGACCCUCUCUUAGAGAAAGAAGCUGAACGUCUCAGAAGAGAAUUGAGGGACGAGGCGCAAAGGCGCCGUUCAAUUGAGGAGUUGGUGUUUGACCUGAAAAACAAAUAUAUAUUGUUGGAAAGACAAAAACCUGAGGAGAAAGUAGUUGUGCAGGAGGUUGUGCGUUUACAGAAGGACCCGCGGCAAGUGCAUGAACAUGAGAGGCUGAGUAGGACCCUGGAUGAAGAAGUGAUGACCCGACGUCAGAUCGAUUUAGAGUUACAGCAACUAAGAACAAAGGUGGAAGAGAAGGAGAGGCUCCUCAGAUCAAGUGAUGAACAUCAAAAGAGGAUGAUAGCAGAGUCAGAACUCAAAGAACUCAGAAUGCGUAUCCACCAGCUGGAACAUGCGCCUCCUGCUGUUUCAGAAAAUAUUGUUGUUGAAGAGGUACUAAAAGUGGAGAGGGACCCAAAACUAGAGAGAUUGACAACUGUUCUACGAGCAGAUAUGGAUAAGGAAACCAGCGAUAUCUUGCGCCUCCAGAGGGACAUCCGUAACAUCACUCUGAGGCUUGAGGUCCUCCAGAAAGAAAAGUCUGCUGAGAAGAAAGUGUAUAAAGAAGUUGUCCGUGUUGAAAAAGACCAGGCCGUGGAAGCGGAGAGGGAUCGCCUGAGGGAACAGGUUUCUAAGAUGAAAUUUGCAAGGCAGGACAUUGAGGAUCAAAUAAAACGCCUCAGUGCUAAAACAAACCAUCUGAUGACUUCCAAGUCGAGCAGCUCAAGAGAAGAAACCAGCCUAACUAUGAACAGAGAUGGCUUACUGAGAGAGAAAGACAACCUGACUCGUGAGCUCAGGACACUGGAGUCAAAGAAACACGACAUCAACUUGUCUUUCGAGCAGCAGAGUAGACUCAUGAACGAGAGAACGCAUAUGAGCAGGAACAGAAGUAUGAAGAUGGGUUCUGACAUCCAGCAAAUUGAGAGGGAAAUCCUAAACGAAAAAGACAAGAUACAUAUGCGUGACACCACCAUUCGUGACCUCCUGUUGAACUUGCAGAAAGAGGAUCAUACUGAAACAAGGACCAAGGAGACCAAUGUGUCCACCAAAAUCACCAUUCUGGAUCCAGACACAGGCAGAGACAUGUCUCCUUAUGAUGCCUACCUGCAGCGUCUGAUUGAUCGCCAACAGUACAUUCAUCUGCAGGAGCUUGAGUGCGAUUGGGAGGAGACUACUUCUGUGGGACCUGAUGGUGAAAUAUCCGUACUGCAGGAUCGCAAGAGUGGAAAUCAGUAUUCCAUUAAUGAUGCCUUGAAGGAAGGCCGACUGACACAAUUUGAUUUGGAUCGGUACAAACAAGGCAAACUCCACAUCUCAGAGUUUGCCUUGUUGGUUGCUGGUGAAAGCAAGCCUAAACCCCAGUUCAACUCAUUUGUGUCAAGGACCAGUACACCAGUAAGGUCAGCCCCAAUCGACUACGCGACGACACAAACAUAUCCAAUUGCUGGGAUCAUGGACAUGCACACAGAUACCUGCUUCACUGUACGCAGCGCCGCCAUGCGUAAACUUAUUGACGCCACUACAGCUCAAAAGCUUCUGGAGGCUCAAGCUGCAACUGGCGGCAUCAUUGAUAUUGCCAACAAAGAAAGACACUCGGUCAACAAGGCAGCUUCCAGAGGCCUCAUUGAUGAGACUCAGCUACAGAGGCUCCUUAACGCUCAAAAGGCCUACACCGGUGUGGAAGACCCUGUCACCAAAGAGCGUUUAUCAGUGGGAGAAGCGAUCCAGAAAGGUUGGAUCCCAAAAGACAGUGCCACUUGGUACAUGGAAGCACAGCAUCUGACUGGAGGUUUAGUUGAUCCAAACAGCAGCAGAAGAGUCAGCAUCACAGAUGCUAUUGGAUCCAAAAUGAUCAACAGCGCGAUGAUGCGAGAUAUUCAAACUGAAUCCAAUUACAAGAAAGAUAUCACUGACCCCCUCACCAGGCAGAAGAUAAACUACAAACAAGCCUUGGAUCGCUGUAAGAGAGACCCCAUCUCUGGUCUUCUAAUGCUUCCAGCCUCCUCCAAAGAGUCUGGUUACACUCCAGCAUACAACAGAUAUGCAAGAUUCUAAAUGUGUUUACAUCUUCGAGGUAUCGG